AUGGAUACGCUGGUGGCUGAGCUGGCAGACACACUCCACAUCACUUGUGACACGGCGCGGCGGGAGAUCGAGACGCACUUGGACCUGGCCGGCGUCAUCCAAGGAAGCCCUCAAGGCGGCGCCACGCCGCUGAUCCGCACGGUGGGGCAGACGCCCAAGGCCGCCUUGCUGAACUGGGGCUCGCCGCCCACCUCCCCGAAGACUCCCACGGCCUUCCCCCCGGUGUCGCCAGAUGUGCCGCCAGUUGAGCGGGUGCGGCGGCCUCGCGCAAAGACGGAGAGCAGCAUGCGCGUGACCUUCCAGAACAGCGACCCCGACGUGAGCCCCAGGGAGAUGAAGGUGGAGGUGCGAUUGUCGGACGGGCCCAUCUCCACGGCAGUGGUGGCGCCAGGCGGCGGCACUGGGAUCAACGGGGCCAUCUACUCGGAGCUGGGCCGCAACCCCUCCUUCAAGGUAGAGGUGGUGGGCCGUUCCCGCGCCCCCUACGACGUGUACCCGCCUUGCUGGCCCCAUGGCGCCCCGGCACCCAAUCUCCAGACCUUUGCACGUGAGGUCCUGGAGACUCGGGUCCACGAACGGGUGAAGGCCAUGGUCUUCGGGUCCCGCGGGGGGCAAGUGGCCGGGCAGCUCGGAUCGCGAUCCAGCCCUCGGAUGGAUGCGGUCUCGGAAGGCGUCGAACAGGUUGGACCUAGGUCCCCCAGUGCCCUGUCCUACUGA